UUGAUAUAAUAGUUAUAAUUUGAAGAUUAUAUACGUAGUUUACUCUAAUUUAUUUGUAUAACACACUUUAUCAUUUUCUGAAAUAGAUAUAAUUACAGAGUUAAAAGAACUUAAUUGAUAUAAGGAUUAAUUGAAAAUAGAACGUGUAAUUUAUUAACUACCCAAAAAAAAAUGUUAUAAAACUCGCAAGUCGCAACAAAAUGGGUGCAAAAAAUCUCACAUGCGGAGAAAGGGGGGUGGGUUUGCUGUCUGGUCUGAUUAUAUAAAGAGCUACAAAAAUCCUAUCGUUUUUAUCCAUUUUGGGACUUUAAAAACCAUGAAUCCUCCAUUGAUAAACCCAGUUUGAUUGUUCUGAAGUUGCUUACUGUCAAUCUUUGUCCAUGACAACACUUAUCCAAAUUUCAAUUAAAUUCUCAGCCUUAAACCCAUUACAUGAUCAUUCAAGAAAGAAACAGAACUGUUAUGGGUUCAAAGUGUCACAACCUAAUAGCUGUAACACUCUGUCAGGAACAAAGAUUGGUUCUUUUCAUCAAAAUCGGUUCGAAAUUGGGGUUUAUAGAGAAAGAUGGUCAUUAUUGGGAUUGAGCAGGGGUAAAGAUGGGGUCUUGGUGGGAGGGAAGGAUUGGAAGAGGAAGAAGAGGGCGGUUGUGGUGAGGUUCAAUCAGGGGUUUGGGUUUAAUGGUGGUGGUGGUGGUGGUGGGAGAGACAAUAGUAACACUGCAAGGAUUUUGGGUAAUCUUGCUUUGGCUAUUGCUUUGACGUAUCUUUCAAUGACUGGGCAGCUUGGUUGGGUUUUGGAUGCAAUUGUUUCUGUCUGGAUCCUUGCAGUUGUUCUACCAAUUGUUGGUUUGGGAGCUUUUCUGUGGUGGGCAGGGCGAGAUAUAGUUCAAGGCAGUUGCCCAAACUGUGGAAAUGAUUUUCAGAUUUUCAAAUCUACUCUAAAUGAUGAUUUGCAGCUGUGUCCCUUUUGUAGUCAACCGUUUUCAGUGGUAGGUGAUGAGUUUGUAAGAGAUCCCGUAAAGUUCACCAACCAAUCUACAACAUUUGGUGAUGCAUUCAGUGAAUCCUCUCCUCGGUCAAAAAGAGGAAAGGAUUCUUCUGCAUUUGUUGUUGAUGUUGAAGCUGAAGUGAAAGAUAUGGAAUGAGUGCAUUCAAUGUCUCAUAAGGGUUGUGAUGCACAUACUUUUUACUAUCUGGACUGUCAAUUGGACCAACAGAGCUUGAACUCUCGCAUUCCUGCUGUACAGGAACUCCAGAUAAUUCUGGGAUCAUCAAAACUUGUAAUACGGGAGAGGAUCCGCGAGGAAAGUGGCUUUGCAAGUUGUAAACUUCAUUUUCUAACACAAUUGUGUUCCAGCUUUUUAAAUGAAACCAAAUGCUUGUUUUAUUUUUGGCUUGUAGGGUGUAGGUUGGUUUCAAUUUUGCAAGGAGAAUCGAAUGAGUAGGUCUCUUGGGGAAUCUGUUGUAAUACGACUACUUCCGGAAACUGUUUCGGGCUUAAUGUGAAUUACAUGUCCUAUAUGGCUAUAUGAGUACUCGAUAUAUAUGGAAAAGAAGAUAUAGAGAAGAAGACAUAUACUCUCUCACCUGCCAUAUGCUUAAUCUUGUAAAGCUAGUCUGUGCAAGCUUAUAGAUUAUCACCCAUUCGAGUAUGAAUAUUGGUCUUGUAAAUGAAUGUAAGAUUAAUCUUUAGGGUGGUUCAAUGACCUGAAUAUAGUCUUUAAUAGUUCAGAAGUUUCAGGUUUCACAUUUUUCAUAUCUUAUAAGAGUUUGAUAUCCUUGUUCUUCAAUAGAUAUGUUUUAAAUUUGUUU